UAUUUUGGUUUAUUGGCGAAUAGUUUACAGCUUUCACAUUUUUCCAUCUUUUUUAAAUCGAUCUUUGUUAUAAGUUCGUACCUACCUUUCGGUUAACAACGCCCGAAUUUACGUAGGAGUGGCAGCGAUCUUGCAUAACGGAGGUGGUCUACACCUGCUAGCGGAAAGCCGGAAAUCCUAAUGGUAGGAGAGGUGAUUGAUUCAUCUAAUCACAGGAGUCGGCAUAACGAAAAGUGAUGUGGUUGUGCGCUUCUGGACGGCGUAUUAAAAAAUGCUACGGUGAAUUGACAGGGAAGAGUUCUCAACAACAUGAUGCUGUUCAAAAAAAUGUUAAGCUCGACUUAGUAGCGACACUACAGGUCGCCAGAAAGUAUGAUGUACAUAGUGUAUUUAUUAUUCAUUAAAUGUCAGAAGUAGUAGGAAGACUGUGCUGAUCAUUAAUAUCAAGAGUCACAAUGGAUGAAUGGACUUUAAAUGAUUUGCUGGAAUGCUCAGUGUGCUUAGAAAGAUUGGAUACAACAAGCAAAGUGUUACCAUGUCAACACACUUUUUGCAAGAAAUGUUUGGAAGAAAUUCUAAAUCGGCAUAAAGAAUUACGAUGUCCAGAAUGUCGUAUAUUAGUGGAUGUUAAGAUUGAAGAUUUACCACCAAAUGUGUUACUCAUGAGAAUUUUAGAAGGCAUGCGAAAUGCAGCACCAAAGAAAAGGAACACUGCUGCCAUUAGGAUGCAGGGAGGAAAUUAUCCUCAAACUCCAAUACACCAGACACCCUCGGUGCAGUACCAGAUGACAUCACAGGCAACUACUAUUACUACUACCGAAAAUAUUACUGUGUCUCAUGCAAUACCCAAACAGCAGUUGCUACCAAAUUUGUCUUACGCAAAAGCUUUAUACGAUUAUCGCUCACAGGAGAAAGGGGAUCUGAAUUUUAAAAAGGGUGAUAUAAUAAUACUACGAAAAAGAAUUGAUAGCAAUUGGUACUUUGGUGAGAAUGGUGGGUGUACCGGUGUUUUCCCAUUAAGUUAUGUUCAGGUGAUCACACCUCUGUGUUCAACGCAGCCACAGUGCAAAGCACUUUACGAUUUUGAUGAAGAGGGCUGUUUGUCUUUCAUUAAGGGUGAAAUUAUUACUGUUAUACGCCGUGUUGACGAGAAUUGGGCAGAGGGAAAACUUGGUGAAAGGAUUGGAAUCUUCCCUUUGGCUUUUGUAGAUCUGAAUCCAGUUGCACGUUCUCUAAUGAAGCUGUCUACAAAUUCACAGCCUGGGCCUUCACGGGUAGCACCACCAACACCGACUUCGGAGGACACUGCGCCACUCAUUCCGACAGACCACACUCGCAGUGUCGGAGCUGUGCCAGUUCCCACUUGCCGUUCACCUGCUGCCGCUGCAACUGGGCCGCCGCCUCAUGUUCACACCCGCAGUCGAGCUGCAGUAGCAUCCGAUUCGAGCUCCACACAGUCUUCGCCGUCAUCUGCCACUACUCCCAAUACUUCAUCGGGAAGCACGUCGUCGGGUUCAGGAUCUGGAACAGAACCCUCAUCACCAGCAUCUCCACCUCUGGCACGACCUCCACCUGAUCCAACGUUGCCUUCACCACCACAAGCAUUAGGAUCUGGUACAGCUGCACCACCACCUAGACCGACGCCGUCUGUGCAGCAGCGAGAUAAAAGGCAUAGCUUUAGCGCUGUUCAUACAGGACACCAUCAUCAAACAUCCCAUAGGUUAUCUGCCGAAAUUCUCAGCCCAUCAGAAACAUCCUGUCAGGAGCCCUCAUCCUCAGACCAGACAUUGCAGGUACCUCCACACAGCACCAGCACUAGUAGUAGCAGCACUGUUGGCGAUGGCAUAGGUGUACAGAGGCAGGGCAGCCAGAGACACCGCCGCUCAGGAAGCAGCGACCUGACAAGUGUACCUCCGCUGCCCCCGCCACAGGGUCUGCACCCCAUGCCAGGAACCUCUGCACACCUGCCUGCAGCGUAUAUUGCACUAUACCCAUAUAAGCCACAAAAAGCGGACGAGUUGGAAUUGCGUAAAGGUGCUAUUUAUAUGGUAACAGAAAGGUGCCAGGAUGGAUGGUUCAAGGGAACAUCAAAUAGAACUCAAAAGUCAGGAGUUUUUCCAGGAAAUUACGUUGCACCUGCUAAUAAAGCACUACCUAGUCUGCACAACCAGCUGCGCUGUGCGGUCCGUGUUGCUUCUGGCACGGGCAGUAGCUCCCCACGAGCAAAUGGAACUCCACCCUUGGAACCUCGAAGUUACACUCGUUCCAGGCAAGGACCUGCCACCCUGCCCUAUAGUCCUAAGCAGCAGUCACAUGGACCUGCACUAGACUUAUUGACUGGCACAAAUAGUGCUCUCCACCCGCCUGAGCUGCCGCCACGAUCGACAAGCCCAGGGCAUCGUGCGAGCAGCUCGAGUGUGGUCGCUUCGUGGCUGACACCUGCGAGUGCUGCCGACACAACGGCAUCCAGUGCUGGAAGUGGCAACAGUGCUAACUCCAUCAUCUCAUCAGUUACAUCAGCUGCUCACGGUGCUCCCGACGUAACUGCAGUGACGGGCACACCUGUACGCUUUGCUCAUGUUUCAUCAGCAGCAGCCUCGAGAGAUAAGGCAAAAGAGAAAAAAGAGAAAGGUGUUGGUUUAAUGCGUCGUCUGACUAGCAUGAAAAAGUCAAAAUCACCGCCACCAACUACAUAUUCAAUGGAUAACCCUGUGUUUGAAGAUGGUACAGUAGCAGCAAGUCCGUCACAUCCGGUUCACGUCAGGUCGGGAUCCUGCCCCAGCCAGCUUCUCCAAGUUCUGCCCUUAGAUGCUAACAGUGCACACCACCGCCUGUUUGGUUCCGGCUCCCAGAGAAUGAAACACAAAGACCGACCCAAUAUAGUCGUGGCUAACCUAUCGCAUUAUGGAAGGGUGAGUGAUCCUGGAACAUCUAGUGGAGGUGGCAGCAGUGCUGCCCAGCAUCGCAAAUCCAACUCGCUUGACGCUGACAGUUGCGAUCUCAGCAGGAAAAAUAAACAGUUAAUGCCACCUGUUAGAGAAAGAUUCCGCUGUAUUGUGCCUUAUCCUCCGAACAGUGAAUUUGAACUGGAGUUACAAGUGGGUGACAUAAUUUAUGUCCACAAGAAAAGAGAUGAUGGAUGGUACAAAGGCACCCAGCAACGUACAGGGCGAACUGGCCUCUUUCCUGCAAGCUUUGUCGAGAGCUUCUGAGAACCCCCUUCGUGCGUGCUAGAGACGUGUGUGUAAAGCAUAUAAGGAAGUGUGUGUAUUCAGACAGUGAAAGAUCUGCUGAAUUUUAUCAGGGCAGUACGACAAUUUGCUUUGCCUUUGAUUGAGUUUACUUACAUGUGCCCAUUCUUCCAUAAGUGUUACGUUUUUUCUAAUUUUUUUCUUUGUACUUUUUUAUUUAUUCGUCGAAAGCACGCACAGGGGAUGUUACGGUGUGUCAUAUUGUGAGAUUUUCACAGACUCUUAGUUAAAUAGAAGUAAUGACGCACAAUGUUAUUUUUAUAGAUGUGUUCACAUUUGUGUGGUGCGGAAAGUGACUACCUCUGAAUAAGAGACUUGCCUUUUAUGUUUGAAUGUACUCAUUCUAAGGAGACGGAAUGGGUGGCCAGUACUUAACAUCAGGAAGUGAGAUUCCAGGUACUGCUGAUAGAAACACUUAAAAGUAGAAGAAAACUAUUCCUAGCUUUUGGAACUUGUAUGUUUCUUCCUCAGGGAGGAGAGGAUUGGGGGAGGUUGGAAAAAGGAAGAAUUCACUCAAACCCCAAAUUGAGAGGGACCCAUCAGGCUACUUUCAUGCUAAAUGUUAUUCAAACAUUGCUCUAGCAAUGAAAAUUUGAUUUCUAGAGGCAUAGUGAAAGAUUAAACUACACAGACCUCUCAAGAGACAGUAAAAGUUGUUCCACAACUUCAAUAUUAUAUAAUAUAGUUACUCAAUCUUUCAUGUUUGGUAACAUGUGUUAUCAAUCAUUUGUACCUUCUGUGAUAAAUUAGUUACGGAUAUCCAUUUCUGCUAGUACUGUACAGAUAACUGGGCAUUAUUUUCACAUUUAUUUUGGCAUAUUUUUCAGAUGCCCUUAUAAGUAUAAGAAUGAAAGGAAAGAACUAAUUUUCCCUUGGACUGAACACAUAAUAUAAACCGUUCACUAAUUACAGUCAGUUUAUUUUAUACUUAUAUCUUAUAAUCUGAACUCUCACAUGGCAGAUGACUGAAAUGAAACCCAUUUUGGCUAUUUAAAAAAUGAACUGAGUUUCUCUCAUUGACUCGUCUAAUUAAGUACAUAUUUCAACAGCUGUUAAGCUAUAUCUGAAAUAAAGACUUUUACUCUGAGAUUCCAGUAUUAUCUGCCAAAAGAAUUAGUAUGAAGUAAUGUGUUUUGGAAAAAUUCAUCACAACUACAACUUUUUCCAGUGUAUGCUAAUUAUUAACUACUUACCAUAAAAAUCUCAUUCUCUGUAAACAAAGUAAUGUAACAUGGUUUUCACAUAUGAUGAUCUUCUGUAAAUAUUUAUUUCCAAUAAUUAACUCUAAAAUUAUAAACAGUAUUAUUUAAAUGAUCAUGAAGACCUAAUUGUUAUAAGCUUUGCCAAAAUAUUACGAUUGAAAAAUAUGUGUCCUCCUUUUAUGGCUCCACAGUCUGUUGUGGACCUUUGUCUCUUCCACAAUUUUCUGUUAGAUGUCCCAUUUUUGCACUAGUGCUUCUCAAUUCCUGUGUACUAUUCUCUGAAUGUCCACUUCAACAAUAUCCACAUGUUAUCGGGUUGGCCCCGCCAUUGUCAUUCUCCAAGAUUUCCAGUUUGUGCCACAUGCCCGGCCCAUCUCAGUCUUGCUGAUAUUCUUGUUUGUAUCCAAAGAACAAUUCACAUGACAGAACAGUAAAAUUACAAGAAGACCUUUGCUUACCUUCAGAGGGAAAAAUUCUGAGUGCUGCUGAUAGACAUGCAUAAAAGUAGAAGAGUGUCUCCUGGUCUUCAGAAUUGUUAGCUCCUUCCUCAUGGAAGUAUAGGUAUGAUAUACUGAAGUCUGGAAAGGAGGGGCAGGUAAAAGUUGCAAGGUUGAGUGGGACACACCUCUGUGAGGACACACACUUUUGUGUCUCAUCAUCCUUUUAACCUGGGGUUUGAGUGACUUGCUCCUCCUUUAUAACCUUCCCUUACCUCUCUCUCUUUCCCAUCUGAGGAAGGAAAUAAGAGUUCUAGAAGCUAGAACAGGUUUUUACUUUUAUUUAUGUUUAUAGGCAAUACUUGGAACAAUGGGGCAGCCAUUGUGACUUUUUGUGAUGGGUGGUUCAUCAUAUAUGGCAGAAAGUUCAUUGUUGUAUGGUCUUCUCCACCUUCUUACCUCACAGCAAGGAUGUUUUGUUCUGUGAAGUAUCUUCCUCUCAGAGGUAUGAAACAUUCUAGUAUCAGUUACUGUUAAUGGCAGUUUCUGAAGUGUUUUAUGUAUGAUUAACUUUGUGGUGUGAGACAGGAGCUUUGAAACAAGGAAUUUUGUUACAGCAAAAUAAGCUCUAUUAGCUGCUGCCAGACAAUUAAUUUCCUAUGAAAGUAUCACUGUAGUGUGUUGUGGUCAAUUGCUGUUAUUCAAACUGCUCAGCCUUCUCAAAUUUACAGUUAAAUCUGGCCACUAAUUUCUGCAUAUUUCCAGUGUGUGCCCUUCUACAAGCAAUGCAUUCAAUCUUAGACUCAUUGAUAGGCAAACCCAUAAGAACUAAUUUUAAUACAGUAAAUGACUCCUUCCUUGCCCUCUGUUGAGGUCCUGUGGGUGUGCAUAUCACUGAUGCCGGCCAAUGUUUACAUUAUUUUGCCUUAGAUGAUUCCACCGCACAGCAGGUUAGCCUCUUCUAUCACAUUUUCCAGCAGUACAUUAAAAAGAAGAAAUGUAAGUGCCAUCACCCAGGUGUAUGCUGUUGUGGAUAUACACUGGCUGUAAUGGUAUUCUUUGUAGCCAUACUCUGCUUCUUAAAAUGCUCGGUGUAGUCCACAUCAAUCUCAGAAGCUUCUGAGUUCCCAUUUCCCGCAAUGUGGACCUUCUUUAUAUAGAUGUCUCUCUCUCUCUCUCUCUCUCUCUCUCUCUCUCUCUCUCUCUCUCUCUCUCUCUGUCUGUCUGUCUGUCUGUCUGUCUGUCUGUCUCUCUCUCUCUCUCUGUCUGUCUGUCUCUCUCUCUCUCUCUCUCUGUCUGUCUGUCUGUCUCUCUCUCUCUCUCUCUCUCUCUCUCUCUCUCUCUCUCUCUCUCUCUCUCUCUCUCUCAACAGUUGAGAGAAAGGAGAUGGUCAAACAGAUCAGAAAGCACAUUUUGUAUUUCAAGUUCAGAAGCAUUAUUCAUAAGUAAUUUUCACACCCUAUUUGGUCUACUCCUUUGUUGUGUGCAUGUGACUCCUUUGUUGCACUGUUAUGGCUUUUAGGCUUCCUAUAUCAACAAACUCAUUUUUUGUAAGUGACUCUGCAUGUCAAUCUUGAGAUGAGCAGAUUUUCUAAGUGACCAUUUCUUUUCAGCCACUCUCGUUUCUUUCAUUGAUAAAUUCUUCAUUGGUUCUUCGUUUCUUUUUGUGAUACUGCUUUAAUUUUCUGGUACAGUUCCUUUGUACCAUCCUCUUGUAUGGCUUGUUCUUUUCUUUGGUUGCUCUCACACACUGAGUCAAAUGGCCAGUUUUCCUGUGUUUGUUUUCCAUUACUACCACUUAAUGUACUGCCAUUUUUGUUAACAACUCAAUGAUUUCUGGUGCUUCUGCAAUGCCAUUGUGUUUGCCGCUUCCCUGUAGAGUUUCUUGAUUUUUAUUUUUUUUAUUUCAGUUAUGUUCUGAGCAGUUGCAUUGUAUUUUGAGGAUUUGUUCUAGUUCCUUUUUAUAGUGAUAUGUAAUUGCUGUGACUCUGAUCAAUACCAAAUAGUGAUCAGGGCUAAUUUGGGGCUCCCUAAGGCUUGUCAUUUAAAGGUUGUGUGAUUUGUCCCUUGCUUUUUGUCAAUACAUGACCUGUGUUCAUUAUGUAGCCAUCAGGGAGUUCCAUGUUCCCUUGUGUUUUUGUAUGAGAGGGCAGAUCCAGCAGUCAUGUUUCAGGGCAUCAUAAAUAUAAAGCUUUUUUUAAAACUAUGUACUAGUUUUUUCCUAGUCAAUUGACAUGAAAACGUGCCUUCCACUAUGCAGCACAGUAACUACUUUAAUGAUUCGUUUUCUCAUUUGAUAAGAGUAUGUCAGAAGAAUGAAUACAUGUAAAGCACAGCUUUCAUUACAACAAGCUUAAUAUUUAAUCUGAUCUAGGAAAUAUUUAUAUUUAAUUGAAGCUUUUUCCCUGGAGAGGAAGAUAUUGCCAAGUAAUGUACCAUUUAAGUAAGAGAAAAAAUAUUGAGUGUAAAAUUAAAACAGUGCUUCAAAAGGAAAAUGCAGUUGAGAAAACUGUUAACUGACAAGGAGAGACUGUCUGGCCCAUACUUACUUUCAAAAUGUGAAAUUCCAAGUACCACUGAAAGAAACAGCUAAAGUUAGGAAAAAAAUAUUUGUAGCUUUCAGAAUUUGUAUGUUCCUUUCUCAGAGAGAAAAGAGGGAGAGGUUGAGGAAGGUUAGAAAGGUAGGUCAGGCCACUCAGACUCCAGGUUGAAUGGAACCCACCUUGUGGGUAUGGUUGUUUCAGAUUAUUUUCAGAAGUUACUUUCCUGGUGAUGUUGUAGCUGGAAUAGUCGCUCAAAGAUAUCCAAAUUUCCUGUCAAUUGGUAAAUUCUAAUGCAACAAUAACUAUUUAGUUUUGUGGUUGCAAGGGAUGAAGAUUUGCUUUUGGUGGAGUAUUGCUGAGCAGCAGUUGAGAUGUUAAAGCAAAAGGUUAUAUGCAUCAUGAAGAGGUGCAUGUUAUGAGAAAGAUCUGAAAAGUGACAUAGAAGACAUACAGUAUUCAUAUAUCAUGAUUACUGUACUAUUAAGAGAGAAAUGAAAGCACUCCUUACAUAGCUACUUGCUAGCAAUUAAAAAAUGUGUGACAAAAUUAACUCUACAAGAGGAUGAUUAUUUUGCUUUCUGUUCCCUUCAGAGCUAUUAUACAAGUGAUUCUAAUUUCUCAUAUUGUUAUAGUAUGGGGGUUGAAAAAUUUUUAAAAGCUUUAAGCUAGGUUUAGGUUUCCGUGUUUUGUCAGCUAUUCCAACACAAGAAGUUGUGAAUCUUCUGAGUGUCUGCUGUUAAUUGAAAUGUUGCUAGAACUUGUUUUUCAAAAAUUUAUUUAUUUGAAUUUGAGUUGUGUUCAUAAAUAACUCGAUGAUUAGAACUUUAAAUGUUAAAACAGUGCCCGAGGACAGAGCGUGUGAAAUUUUGCAAGAAGUCUCUUCUAUAAAAUAUUAAUGUAGCCUACAUUUUCAUUGGGUUUAUGUAAAUCAUUUAAACUCUGUGUGCUUUGUGUGCUUAUUGUUUAUCACCAGCUACUAUAGCAUGAAUUUUUUAAAUCCCAUUAUGAAAAAUCUUCAUACCUUUCAAAAUGCCAGUCAUGUGUGAUAACUUGAAGACAUCUAUCACCAUUAAAUGGGCUUAUGUCAGAAGUGAGUCAGCUUUGUGGGAGGGAGUAUUUCUAAAAAAUAAAAAAAAAAAUUUAGUUUCAAAUAAUGAAGUCUUUGAAUAUUGGCACCCUAUUCUCCAUUUAUAAGUAAUGAGGUGAUAAAGGAGAACACGUUGUAUGAAUGAUGCUGAUACAUUUUCACUUAUAUGUGUUCAUAAACAAAAUUUAUUCAUAUUGAAUAUGUCCUGUGAAUGGUCCCUAUCUGAAAAAAAAUGUGCAAUGUAAUAUCUCUUUGUGUAUUAUGAAUGAGUGUUAGUACGUAUAAAUUAUGCUGUAGGUUGUAGAAAAAUCAGAACAAGCUUGUGUGACUGACUAAGUUAUUUGUCACUUAGCAAACAGCUUGUUGUGACCUGUGUAAUAGAUUGUUGCCAGAGAUUAAUUUAUUGUUUUCUUUAGCCAUGUUAUACAUGACUACUUGUACUUGAAUAUUUCACUUUUCUGCUGAGUACAUUGUUGAGGAGUGUUACCGUUGUAUGUUUUUGCAUGCAGAUAUUAUAUCAUUUAUGAAACCAAUUUCAUUGUUCUAUAUGUUGAAAACCUUUCAUUAAAAUAUUGUAUAAUCAGAAUGUGCCAUAUUACAGAUCUGCUGUUACUGAUUUCCAUCAUAGAUGUGUGUUGCUAUGUUAAAUGGUGUAGCUCUGGUAAUUUGCAUUCUAUGUGAAGUGUGCUAGUAAUUGUAUCAUGAGUAACAGUGUAAUUUCAGAAGUUAAGGACAUUCACUAUAUAUGUUCAGUGUCUCUUGUCUGUACAAAAUGUUAUAUAAAGUUUCUUACUAUGUGGAUGCUAUAUCCAGCACAAAUUUCAAUUUAGCAAGGGUCUUGCCCUGUACUUCAUCAUUUGAAUGUCUCAUAAAUGCCACAAGAAGUCAUUAGAUUAUUCAUGGAAAUGUUAGAAAUAAAGAAAGAGAUAAUUAUGACUCCUACCAAACAUAAGUGUGUGUGUGUGUGUGUGUGUGUGUGUGUGUGUGUGUGUGUGUGUGUGGCAGAUGAAUGAGCACAUGUCUGCAUGCACGAGUUGAAAAUUAUUUAAAUAUUUGUUUACAUAUCACAACUCAUACUGACGUUUUUUAGAAUUGUUACUAAAAGCUCUCUGUGAAUAUCUUGUCACACAUUUCAGUUGUAUUUAUUUCUGUUAUUAAAGGAUUUAGAUUAUGUGAAGUAUUGACCAGCUGUUAAAAAUUACAUUUUUCUGUACAUGUCUUGUUGUAUUGAUGUUAUGUUCAUCAAAUAACAAGAUCUGUCAAAUAGAUUUUGUCGUUAUUC